GUCAACGGUGCCUGUCCUUGUUUCACGGUUCGGCACCGUUUGGAUUAUGCCGGACGGACCCAGCUUUUUCCGGUUAUCCUUGGUAUUUCUGUUCCUCACAGGUGCGUUGACACCAAUCAAGAUCGAGCCCGGACUGACUGAGUUCUAUGUCAUCCCUGGCCACAACCUCACCCUGACUGCCAACUUCACAGUGGAACCAAAGGAUACCAUCUAUAGUGGCACUUGGAGAAAGGACGUGAGAGAGAUUGCGGAAUGCCAAUUGAAUACCAGCCCGAUCGCUGGCGCUCAUGAGCGAGUGGCUUGCGCUUUGCAGAAUUCCAACAUAUCGUUAACGCUGAGGAACUUCUUUCCCAAUGAUGUGGGCACUUACACCCUCGAACUGGUCUCGGAUGAGGGGGAUAAGGAAAAUGUUCAGUUUGCAGUCAAACUCUACGAAUCUAUUUCAACCCCCAGUGUUACAUGGAACGAGACGGAGUUCAGUAAAGGUGACAACCAUACCUUCACAUGUAAGAUCGAAAACGGAACAAAUCCACAAUUUCACUGGGAAAAGGAUGAUGAAACAUUGACCAAUGACAGCAGACACUCGAUAUCAGAAAGUGGCAUGGUUUUGACGAUCAUUGCUAUUAAUGAAUCUGACUGUGGAUCAUACAAAUGUGUCAUUAAGAAUGCCAUAAAUCAGAAGGAAGUGCAAGUUAAUAUAUCUACUGAGAAUUACAAGUGGUGUCAAGCAGGCAAGAACCAUGAAUGCAAGAUUUACAUAAUUGUGGGUUUGGCAUUCGUUUCUCUUGGCGUAAUCAUCGUUUGGAUGAUAUACAAAUAUAGGAAUAGACAACAGGACAAUAACAGAAGACAAGUCACAGAUGCAACUCAGGAUAAUAAUGUCAAUGUGCUUCCCCUACUGGAGAUGGAACAGAAAGGGCCCAAUAACGAACCUGCUAAUGAAGCUGGGGCAAGUGAGCUGAAUGCUGCUAACGAUUUAGAGAUCUCACAUCGUGAUAACAUAUCCCAGAAGUUUCGGAGGAUUUCAACAAGCCGUGAAAAGUUAUAGAAGAGCCAUCAAUCUCUCAUAGACAAUAAGAGAUGGACAACAAACACUGGCAUGGCCAGUGAUAUCCAUAUGAAAUGAAAGACUUAUUUAAGAGAUGGGAUGGCACAAAUGAUAUUGAUCUGAUGGAGGAACUACCUUGAGUCAGCAGUUGACCUACACUUGCUAUCUCUCUUUGAAUCAUUAUAGCACGGAAGCAGGCCAUUUUGCCUAUCGAAUCCACACUGAACAUCCCACCCAAUUUCUGUAACCCUGCAUUUCAUGGCUCAUCCACCUAGCCUGCGCAUAUUUGGACACUAUGGGUAAUUAUAUCAUGGCCAAUCCACCCUAACCUUUGGACUGUGGGAGGAAACCCACGCAGGCACAGGGAGAAUGUGCUGACUCCAAACAGGCAGAUGGCCGAUGCUGGAAUUGAACCCAGGUCCCUGGUGCUGGGAGGGGGCAGUGCUAACCACUGAGCCACUGUGCCAUCCAAGAUCCACAUCCUCAGAACAAGGGUCAUUCCAGUUGAUGCAUCCCUCUGUCUUGGCUGGAUUUACUGGUUAGUUAAUUGAGAAAUAUCCUCUCACCUACAGUCAUAGAGAUAUCCAGCACAGAAACAGACCCUUUAAUCCAACUCGCCCAUGCCGACCGGAUAUCCUUAAUUUAUCCAGUCCCAUUUGCCAACACAUGGCCCAUAUCCCUCCAAACCCUUCCUAUUCAUAUAUCCAUCCAGAUGCCUUUUAAAUGUUGCAAUUGUACCAGCCCUCACCACUUCCUCUGGCAGCUCAUUCCAUACAUGUCCCACCCUCUGGGUGAAAACGUUGCCCCUCAGGUCCCUUCUAAAUCUUUUCCCUCUCACCCUAAUGCCUUCUAGUUCUGGACUCCUCCUCCUGAGACUUCCCUUCCUGGACCGCCCCUCAGUCUCCAACGCUCCAAGGAAAACAGCCUCUCCCUGUAGCUCCAACUCCCUCCAACCCUGGCAACGUCCUUGUCAAUCUAUUCUGAACCCUUUCAAGUUUCACAACAUCUUCCCUGCAGCAGGCAGACCAGAAUUGAACACAGUAUUCCAAAAAUGGCUGAACUUAUGUCCUGUACAGCCGCAGCAUGACCUCCCAACUCUUAUACUCAACCCACUGACCAAUAAACGAAAGUAUACCAAACGCCUUCUUCACUAUCCUGUCCAUCUGUGACUCCACUUUCAAGGAGCUAUGAACCUGCACCCCAAGGUCUCUUUGUUCAGCAACACUCCCCAGGAAUUUACCAUUACCAGGGAUUGUCUGACAGCUUUACCAAGUGUGCAGCCGCUCUGGCUAAUCUGAAAGUUGUACCCUCACAGACAGGCUGCGUGUUUAUGACCUCGAGUAUGCUUCCUUUUCAUGCACUUGCCCUCAGGAGGUGGUGGUAUUGGCCAGAAAACCCUUCACCACUUGCCCAGGCUGGGACCUUGAUGGUGGGCCAUCUUGGUUACUAAUGGGACUCAGUCAGGCCCCUCUGAGGGCCGUACCUACAAUGUCAAACAGGACCUCAUGUCACAGCGGAAGGGUUGGCACCACAAGAUGCCAUUUUCCAAUCAAAACUGGGGCAUAAUCGGAACCUUCAAGGAUAAUACCUGACAGAAUGUGGGGAGGUGAUGACCUCGCAAUAUUACCACUGGAUGAUUAGUCCAGCAACCCAGCUAAAGUUGCAGGUUCGAAUGCCACCAGGCCAGAUCAUGGAGUUUGACUUUAAUUUUAAAACAGAAAAUCAGGACUUAAAGAGUGCAAUGAUGACCAUGAAACCACUGAGGAUGGUCGGAAAGAAACCUAUCUGGGUUCAG